AUGAAGAGGGUCAACAAAAUCAGCCAGAUCGUCCGCCUCAAACAAGUCGUGCAACGUUGGCGUCGCCGCAUCCCCUCUGCCGGAUCUCUUGCCGUCUACGUUGGUGAAGAACACCGCCGCUUCGUCAUUCCCACCCGCUUUCUCAACCUACCUGUGUUCGUCUCCUUACUCAACAAAGCGGAGGAAGAGUUCGGCUUCCAGACCACCGGCGGACUCGUCCUCCCCUGCGACGUCGUUUUCUUCAAGGAGUUGCUGAACGUUCUGGAGAGAGACGAAACUGGAUUCGGUGCGUUAGAUUUGGAUGAUUUUUCGGAGAUGUUUUCCGAUUUGGCCGCCGAUUCUUAUUCUCUUUGUAAAAAAGCUACAAUUUCCGAUGCUCAUAGCUUCACUCCGCUGCUGCAGAAAGCCAAAGUUUGA